AUGAAGAUUAACAACCCAGAGAGGUGUCAUAGAGAUAUUUGCUCACACUGCCAGCUGUAAGCACACUGUUCCGUGAAUGUAGCAGAGAGGGGGUCAAUGACAGCGUAGCCUCACACGUUGACAUAACUAACCUUUCCUGACACCUGAGGUCAACUGUUGUCUCCAGAGUGACAGGUCAGCUUCUUGCUCUAGUUGUAUGUAGGUUUUGCUUCAGGGUGAAAAGUGCUGGUGGGAGGCUCAGAGGAAGCAUUGUUGAAGAUCUCAAUUGCAUGCUCCUCACGUCCUCUCUCCUCUUCUCCUUCUCAAAACCCAUUGGAGGAGAAGGUCAGAUAUAAACUAUUGGAACCAAUAUUUCAGAAUAACUGAUAUUGGCACAAUAUGGAGAGAAUGUUGGAACAUAACUAACAAAAUUAGUUAACAAAAAUGUACGCUUAAUCCAGUAUAAACUAAAGUAUAGAAUUUCUUACACAAGACAAAAUCAACAAAUUCUACAGCACAACCACAGAGUCAUGUUUUAAGUGUAAAAUUAAUAAUGACUCAAUAAUCCAUGCCAUCUGGGAAUGCUAGAAAGUCAAAAAGUUAUGGGCGGAGUUAGAAAGUUGGCUGUCCAGAAGUAUUACAAUGUCAAUUGUACUUUUAAUCAGUCUGUCUGCAUAUUUAAAGACAUGGCAUAUAAGGGUGCAUGCAGUGAGUUACCCGAUAGGUUGGAUGAUACUUUGCUCGUCAAUCAUCUUGAAAAAAGUAUACUUAACUGAAAAUCCACCAAUCCUCCAUCAGUAACACAAUGGAAAGGUAAAAUGCUUUAUCUAAAUGUUGAAAGUGAGUGGGCAUACAUUUUCAGUACCAAUGAAAAUGUAUGCACUCACUACUGUAAGUCGCUCUGGAUAAGAUGUAAUGUAAUAUAAAAUGUAAAUGUUGACAGAAUGGUGCAGUUUGAGGUCAUGUGGUGGAGAUUGAUGCGGGCGCUGGAGAUGGUGGUGUGAGCAGGUGGAUCUGGGCAGGGGUGAUAUAGUUGAUGUUUGUGUCAGUCUGUAUGUUGUUGUAUAUUUUUUUAUUAUAAAAUAUCUUCCCAUGGUAUUGAACACAGACACAGAAUAACAUGCUUCUUUGGCGCACGUGACCUGGGGAACACAGCUGCUGAGGUUACAGCAGAGCAGAGAAGAUCAAUGGGAGAUGGUUCUUAAAAAAAAGACGUGUUUGCAAUCUGCGUAGUAUCUACAGAUUGUAAGGUAAAGAUAAAUAUUUUUCACUAAAAGUAUUAUAUUGUUGUUAUAUUGUUGAUUCAUUGAAUAUGGUUUUCCAAAUCUCCCAACAGUGCUAGUUGGUUAAUUUGAGAUAAAUGUUGUGAUUUUUCAGCCAUUCCUGAACUUGUGACCAGAAACAAGCUAAAUAUGGACAAUACCAAAAUAAGAGAUCUAAUGAUUGUCCCUUUGUAGCGAAAUCUACAGAGCUGAGAUUAGUUGUAUGCCCCAUAUACAUAACAUUCGGUUUGUGGCAAGAAUUGUGUAUAAUCAUUUAAAUUGAAAAACUUGUACGUUUUGAAUCAAGCAGUGUUUUGUGUAUCAGUUCAUAAACCAUGUGCCACAUCAAAUCUCUUCCCAACUAUUUUGCAACCUGUAUGGCGCCGCGGUCAACAUUUUGGUCCUCAAGUAAAACUGAUAUAUUUUGUUAUUUAUUACAAUUUGUUGUGUGCCAAUUUUGGUCUUUAAUAAAGGACAAACAAACAAGUUCCCCACUCCCCCUUUGACUUGCCUCCUCCAAUGCUGCAAUCAGUUGGUUGUAAUUUUGGAUAGAGCAAACGUUUCCAUAUAUGUUUGUUAACUGCACAUGUGACAUACCUCCACCUUUCCUAUUCAUAAAAUCAUUAACAUAUAUAUAUAUAUAUAUAUAUAUAUAUAUAUAUAUAUAUAUAUAUAUAUAUUUAUUUUUAUUCCAUAAAGAAUGGCUUUUUAUCAAUUUGUAUAUUUUAAUUUAACCAUAUUAUUUGUUGUAAUAUUUCUGUAUUUUCAAGAGGAUUAAACUGGAAUUGCAACCAGCUUUGUAUGGCUUGUUUAAGAAAGGGCGAUAUUUUGAAAAAGGUUCCAUUUUCAAUUAACUGAAAGUGAGAGGUUGUAAUCUGGAUAAAGGGAAAAAGGCCAUUUUUGAACAAGGGGUGAGCCAUUCUUACUAACCUACUGGAGAACCAGUUCAGGUUUAAGUAUAACUUUUGUAUGACUGAUGCUUUUAGUGAGAGGUUUAAUGCUUUAAUAUUUAAUCAUUUUAGCUCGCCGAACUCAUACUAAUUAUAUAAAUAAGCACAUUUUAUUUUGUCUGGCUUGCCAUUACAAAUAAAGUGAAAAAUGGUUUUGCUCAAAUAAUUUAAAAGACAAUCUGCGUAGGCAAGGCCAUAAGUAAAUAGGUCAACUGGGAUAUGACUAAAUAAUUAAAUCAGGUGAUUUUCCCACCAAUAGACAGGUAUUUACCUUUCCAUGGUAGCAAGAUCUUAUCUAUUUUUGCUAACUUUCUGUUGAAAUGUGUUGUAGUAAGUUCCUUUAUUUUUUUAGGGAUAUGAAUACAAGUAUGUCCACUUCACCGGCAGACCACUUUAUUGGUAAACUACACAGUAAUGUAAAAGUUUUAUUUUUUAGCGAUCCAAUACGUAAUAUGGUACACUUAUCAUAGUUCGGUUGUAAUCCAAAGAGGUUAGAAAAUGUACCUAGAUCCUCUUAAGCUGUGCAGGGAUCCAGAUUGCGGAUUUAAGAGGAAAUUUGAGUCGUCAGCGUACAAUUUUACAUUUUAUAUUUUAGUCAUUUAGCAGACGCUCUUAUCCAGAGCGACUUACAGUUUUAGUGAGUGCAUACAUUUUUCAUACUGGCCCCCCGUGGGAAACAAACCCACAACCCUGGCGUUGCAAGCGCCAUGCUCUACCAACUGAGCUACAGGAGGCCUUUGUUUUUAAGCCCUGGAUUUCUAGCCCCUCUAUAUUAUUGUUGGAUCUGAUUUUAUUUUUAUGGCCAUAAUAAAUAGAUAUGCUGACAGUGGACAACCUUGUUUUACUCCUCUUGACAGUUUAAUACUUUCUGAGAAGUAGCCAUUAUUUACUAUUUUACACCUAGGGAUACUAUACAUAACUUUAAACCAUUGUAUAAGAGAUCUUCCAAAAUUAAAAUAGACCAGGCAUUUAUAUAUACAUUCUAGUCAUACUUUAUCAAAAGCCUUUUCAAAAUCUGCUAUGAAUAGCAGACCUGGUUUACGAGAUGUAUCAUAGUGUACUAUUGUUUUAAGUACUUGUCUUAAAUUAUCUCCAAUGUAUCUUCCAUGUAAAAGAAACCUGUCUGAUCAGAAUGAAUAAUAUCUAACAACACCUUUUUAAUUCUAUGUGCUAUGCAUUGUGCUGGGAUUUUUGCAUCACUUUUUUUAGACUGGAUCUUUAUACUUACUUAAUUUGGUGAAUCAUUUUUUAUAAUACAUUAUACUUGAUCGUUCCCAAAUAAGUUCCUCCAUUUCUUUUUGCUUUUCCUCUAACUUAUUCUGUACAUCUAUGGUAGUUUUUAUUGCUAUGUUAAUAUGAACUAUUUUGACAGAAAUAUUUUUUGUUUUAAAGAUGAAUAUUGAAUUGCAUGACCUCUAAAGGCACAUUUAAAAGUGUCCCAUACAAUAAGGGGAUCUGCUGUACCUACAGUACAAGUAUUGAGACCCCUUCCGUUUUUCCACAUUUUGUUAUGUUACAGCCUUAUUCUAAAAUGGAUUAUUAUUUAAAAAAUCAUAAAUCUACACACAAUACCCCAUAAUGACAAAGCGAAAACAGGUUUUUAGAAAUACCUUAUUUACAUAAGUAUUCAAACCCUUUGCUAUAAGACUCGAAAUUGAGCUCAGGUGCAACUUGUUUCCAUUGAUCAUCAUUGAGAUGUUUCUAAAACUUGAUAGGAGUCCACCUGUGGUAAAUUCAAUUGAUUGGACAUGAUUUGGAAAGGCACACACCUGUCUAUAUAAGGUCUACAGUUGAGAGUGUACGUCAGAGCAAAAACCAAGCCAUGAGGUCGAAGGAAUUGUCCGUAGAGCUCCGAGACAGGAUUGUGUCGAGGCACAGAUCUGGGGAAGGGUACCAAAAAAUUGACAGAGCUCCAGAGUUCCUCUGUGGAGAUGGGAGAACCUUCCAGAAGGACAACCAUCUCUGCAGCACGCCACCAAUCAGGCCUUUAUGGUAGAGUGGCCAGACGGAAUCCACUCCUCAGUAAAAGGCACAUGACAGCCCGCUUGGAGUUUGCCAAAAGUCACCUAAAAGACCAUGAGAAACAAGAUUCUCUGGUCUGAUGAAACUAAGAUUGAACUCUUUGGCCUGAAUGCCAGGCGUCACGUCUGGAGGAAACCUGGCACCAUUCCUACGGUAAAACAUGGUGGUGGCAGCAUCAUGCUGUGGGAGACUAGUCAUGAUCGAGGGAAAGAUGAACAGAGCAAAGUACAGAGAUCCUUGAUGAAAACCUGCUCAGGACCUCAAACUGGGGCGAAGGUUCACCUUCCAACAGGACAACGACCCUAAGCACACGGCCAAGACAACGCAGGAGUGGCUUCGGGACAAGUCUCUGAAUCUCCUUGAGUGGCCCAGCCAGAGCCUGGACUUGAACCCGAUCGAACAUCUCUGGAUAAACCUUAAAAUAGCUGUGCAGCGACGCUCCCCAUCCAACCUGACAGAGUUUGAGAGGAUCUGCGGAGAAGAAUGGGAGAAAUUCUCCAAAUACAGGUGUGCCAAGCUUGUAGUGUCAUACCCAAGAAGUCUCGAGGCUGUAAUCGCUGCCAAAGGUGCUUCAACAAAGUAUUGAGUAAAGGGUCUGAAUACUUAUGUAAAUGUGAUGUUUCAGUUUUAUAUUUUGAUACAUUUGCAAAAAUUUCUAAAAACCUGUUUUUGCUUUGUCAUUAUCGGGUAUUGUGUGUAGAUUGAGGGAUUAUAUAUAUUUUUAAUCCAUUUUAGAAUGAGGCUGUAACGUAACAAUGUGGAAAAAGUCAAGGGGUCUGAAUACUUUCCUAAUGCGCUGUAUGUUAUGUAGGAAAGAGUUUGUUAAAACAUUUUGUCUUGGUUAAAAACAGGUUGUCAUCCAUUAGGCUUUGAUUACAUUUCCAAUAUCCUCGCCCAUGUGGAAAUUCUGUAAGAGUAAUGUGGAUGCCAAUUAUUUGAUGGUCUGACUGCAUUCUGCCCCCAUCAAAACUUUUUUUCCUUUGAUGCCAGCGCGAAAGAUAGACGACUAGCUUGAUGAAGCAUUCUCCAUGUACAGUGGGGAGAACAAGUAUUUGAUACACUGCCGAUUUUGCAGGUUUUCCUACUUACAAAGCAUGUAGAGGUCUGUAAUUUUUAUCAUAGGUACACUUCAACUGUGAGAGACGGAAUCUAAAACAAAAAUCCAGAAAAUCACAUUGUAUUAUUUUUAAGUAAUUAAUUUGCAUUUUAUUGCAUGACAUAAGUAUUUGAUACAUCAGAAAAGCAGAACUUAAUAUUUGGUACAGAAACCUUUGUUUGCAAUUACGGAGAUCAUACGUUUCCUGUAGGUCUUGACCAGGUUUGCACACACUGCAGCAGGGAUUUUGGCCCACUCCUCCAUACAGACCUUCUCCAGAUCCUUCAGGUAUUAGGGCUGUCGCUGGGCAAUACAGACUUUCAGCUCCCUCCAAAGAUUUUCUAUUGGGUUCAGGUCUGGAGACUGGCUAGGCCACUCCAGGACCUUGAGAUGCUUCUUACGGAGCCACUCCUUAGUUGCCCUGGCUGUGUGUUUCAGGUCAUUGUCAUGCUGGAAGACCCAGCCACGACCCAUCUUCAAUGCUCUUACUGAGGGAAGGAGGUUGUUGGCCAAGAUCUCGCGAUACAUGGCCCCAUCCAUCCUCCCCUCAAUACGGUGCAGUCGUCCUGUCCCCUUUGCAAAAAAGCAUCCCCAAAGAAUGAUGUUUCCACCUCCAUGCUUCACGGUUGGGAUGGUGUUCUUGGGGUUGUACUCAUCCUUCUUCUUCCUCCAAACACGGCGAGUGGAGUUUAGACCAAAAAGCUCUAUUUUUGUCUCAUCAGACCACAUGACCUUCUCCCAUUCCUCCUCUGGAUCAUCCAGAUGGUCAUUGGCAAACUUCAGACGGGCCUGGACAUGCGCUGGCUUGAGCAGGGGGACCUUGCGUGAGCUGCAGGAUUUUAAUCCAUGACGGCGUAGUGUUUUACUAAUGGUUUUCUUUGAGACUGUGGUCCCAGCUCUCUUCAGGUCAUUGACCAGGUCCCGUCGUGUAGUUCUGGGCUGAUCCCUCACCUUCCUCAUGAUUAUUGAUGCCCCAGGUGAGAUCUUGCAUGGAGCCCCAGACCGAGGGUGAUUGACCGUCAUCUUGAACUUCUUCCAUUUUCUAAUAAUUGCGCUAACAGUUGUUGCCUUUUCACCAAGCUGCUUGCCUAUUGUCCUGUAGCCCAUCCCAGCCUUGUGCAGGGCUACAAUUUUAUCCCUGAUGUCCUUACACAGCUCUCUGGUCUUGGCCAUUGUGGAGAGGUUGGAGUCUGUUUGAUUGAGUGUGUGGACAGGUGUCUUUUUAUACAGGUAACAAUUUCAAACAGGUGCAGUUAAUACAGGUAAUGAGUGGAGAACAGGAGGGCUUCUUAAAGAAAAACUAACAGGUCUGUGAGAGCCGGAAUUCUUACUGGUUGGUAGGUGAUCAAAUACUUAUGUCAUGCAAUAAAAUGCAAAUUAAUUACUUAAAAAUCAUACAAUGUAAUUUUCUGGAUUUUUGUUUUAGAUUCCGUCUCUCACAGUUGAAGUGUACCUAUGAUAAACAUUACAGAUCUCUACAUGCUUUGUAAGUAGGAAAACCUGCAAAAUCGGCAGUGUAUCAAAUACUUGUUCUCCCCACUGUACUUAUUUCAACACUUACCAUAAUGAGAUACAAGUUUCAAUUAUACUUACCAUAAUAAACUCAGCAAAAAAGAAACGUCCUCUCACUGUCAACUGCGUUUAUUUUCAGCAAACUUAACAUGUGUAAAUAGUUGUAUGAACAUAAGAUUCAACAACUGAGACAUAAACUGAACAAGUUCCACAGACGUGACUAACAGAUGGAAUAAUGUGUCCCUGAACAAAGGGGGGUCAAAAUCAAAAGUAACAGUCAGUAUCUGGUGUGGCCACCAGCUGCAUUAAGUACUGCAGUGCAUCUCUUCCUCAUGGACUGCACCAGAUUUGCCAGUUCUUGCUGUGAGAUGUUACCCCACUCUUCCACCAAGGCACCUGCAAGUUCCCUGAUAUUUCUGGGGGGAAUGGCCCUAGCCCUCACCCUCCGAUCCAACAGGUCCCAGACGUGCUCAAUGUGAUUGAGAUCCGGGCUCUUCGCUGGCCAUGACAGAACACUGACAUUCCUGUCUUGCAGGAAAUCAUGCACAGAACGAGCAGUAUGGCUGGUGGCAUUGUCAUGCUGGAGGGUCAUGUCAGGAUGAGCUUGCAGGAAGGGUACCACAUGAGGGAGGAGGAUGUCUUCCCUGUAACGCACAGCGUUGAGAUUGCCUGCAAUGACAACAAGCUCAGUCUGAUGAUGCUGUGACACACAGCCCCAGACCAUGACGGACCCUCCACCUCCAAAUCGAUCCUGCUCCAGAGUACAGGCCUCGGUGUAACGCUCAUUUCUUCAACGAUAAAUGCGAAUCCGACCAUCACCCCUGGUGAGACAAAACCGCGACUCGUCAGUGAAGAGCACUUUUUUCCAGUCCUGUCUGGUCCAGCGACGGUGGGUUUGUGCCCAUAGGCGACGUUGUUGCCGGUGAUGUCUGGUGAGGACCUGCCUUACAACAGGCCUACAAGCCGUCAGUUCAGCCUCUCUCAGCCUAUUGCGGACAGUCUGAGCUCUGAUGGAGGGAUUGUGCAUUACUGGUGUAACUCGGGCAGUUGUUGUUGCCAUCCUGUACCUGUCUCGCAGGUGUGAUGUUCGGAUGUACCGAUCCUGUGAAGGUGUUGUUACAUGUGGUCUGCCACUGCGAGGACGAUCAGCUGUCCGUCCUGUCUCCCUGUAGCUCUGUCUUAGGCGUCUCACAGUACGGACAUUGCAAUUUAUUGCCCUGGCCACAUAUGCAGUCCUCAUGCCUCCUUGCAGCAUGCCUAAGACACGUUCACGCAGCUGAGCAGGGACCCUGGGCAUCUUUCUUUUGGUGUUUUUCAGAGUCAGUAGAAAGGCCUCUCUAGUGUCCUAAGUUUUCAUAACUGUGACCUUAAUUGCCUACCGUCUGUAAGCUGUUAGUUUCCUAAUGACCAUUCCACAGGUGCAUGUUCAUUAAUAGUUUAUGGUUCAUUGAACAAGCAUGGGAAACAGUGUUUAAACCCUUUACAAUGAAGAUCUGUGAAGUUAUUUGGAUUUGUACGAAUUAUCUUCGAAAGACAGGGUACUGAAAAAGGGACCUUUCUUUUUUUUGCUGAGUUUAUAUGCCUGUAAACAUACUACCAGAAAGUAGUAUCCAUACUUACUAAUACUACCAGAAUCAAUGUCUGACAUCUAUCCAUGCAGCGCUACCAUAAUAUACGCACUGCUAAAUAUACUGCAGCUGCAACUAACUCUAAGUAAACUUCUAAUUUGUCUUCCAAUAUCCCUCCCGCGAAAGCCUCCCCCAUCCCAGAAGGGGCUGUUGUCCCUGAUACUAUCAUAUCCCUGUACCCGUAACGCGCCUUUAGGGUCCUAAAACACACCUUCAACCUCUGAUUGGUGUGGUCCAGGUAAGAAGUCGGGACUGUCCCAUCAACCUGUUUCAAUGCUGCCACCCCUCAAGCGCCCAGCCAUAAAGCCUAUGACAUGACCAUGAGAGUAGCGUCCUCUUUAGAAAUUAGCCACAUAACAAAUAAAUAAUAAAAAUCAGAGUGAAAGAAAAUAGAUAAAUUAUGUAGUACUGAGGACAAUUUGACCUAAAAAAUAAACAAAUACCCAGACAACAACAAAACGUAGAACAUAAUACUAAUAAUAAAUAAUUAUAUCAUCCUUAUCACUGUCAUCAUAAAAAAUUCGCAAAUAUCCAUAUACAGCGGCUCAUUAUCGGCUAACUUUGCAAGUUGGCAGUUGUUGAAUAAAACAAAGGAAAGCCAUAUCAGUUCAUUAGAAACGUUUGCCAAAUAAAAAUUCUGCAAAAAUUAUAGGCUCACUUAUUCGCAUUCCUACAAUCACAACAGAGGAAAGGCAUUCGGAAAAAAAAAAUAUAUAUAUGUACAUGUCAUCCUUGUUUAUAUUCUAGCAGUGCAAAUAUCAUUUUAGGAACCUGCAAUAACUGAUGAUGGAAUCUGAUUUAUACAUCCCAACACCCUUGAAAAUAAUACAUCAUCCUAAUUUAUAAUGGCCCUUGACACUAAAGGACAAAUAGGGGAAAAUAAUAAUAAAUCCCAGUAUGCAGAUGGUAUGGUAAUCAUCGUGAUUGUUCUAUAUGUAUAUUUUAACUUUAGAGGUAUAUAAAAUAUGAUUCCAGGACAUCCCCCUUUUGCACCAGGGUUGCUGUUCCAAUGCUGUUUUACAAAACGUGGAAAAGGUGUGGAGAGAGAAAGCUAUAGCGUAGACAAAGCAAAUAAAUGGGCCCGUGUAGCUCAGUUGGUAGAGCAUGGCGCUUGCAAUGCCAGGGUUGUGGGUUCGAUUCCCACGGGGGGCCAGUAUGAAGAAUGUAUGCACUCACUAACUGUAAGUCGCUCUGGAUAAGAGUGUCUGCUAAAAAAUGAAAAAAAUAAAAAUAUAUAUAUAUCCCGCACCUUGGGAAAAUGAUGGUGUACGAGACAUCUUUAUGGACUAAUCCAUUGCGGAGGCCACGGAUAUGGCAUAGCAGUAUCACCAGUAGUACAUUUACCGUUAAUUCCGAUAAUUUCUAAUCUACGUUUGUUUGGUUACGGUAAUUUCUGUUAAUGCAUUCAAUAUAUUAUUAUUACAGUCUUACCGUUGUCAUUGUAGGAGCGUACAACCUAGGCUACACUUGUGAGAAAAAAGUUCUGAUUUAUUUUAGAAUUUGGCAGUAAGUCCCACCGGCCUCACAACCGCAGACCAUGUGUAACCACGCCAGCCCAGGACUUCCACAUCCGACUUCUUCACCUGCGGGAUCGUCUGGGAGGGGGGGUGGGGUGGGGGGGGGGGGGGGGGGCUGGCUCCCAAGUGGGUGGACCUAUGCCCACCCAUGGCUGCGCCCCUGCCAGUCAUGUGAAAUCCAUAGAUUAGGGCCUAAUGAAUUUAUUUAAAUUGACUGAUUUCCUUCUAUGAACUGUAACUCAGUAAAAUCUUUGAAACUGUUGCAUGUUGCGUUUAUAUUUUUGUUCAGUAUAGUUGAUUUUAUAUAUGGAAAAAUACAUGUUAUUUUUCGAUCGGUCGAUCAAUAUUUUUUUUUUGCCGGGGACAGCCCUACUGUAAGGGCACCUUGCCCUUUACGGAUUGUUCGUGGCCUAGUAGCCUGAUGGAGCCAAAAGACAACCGUUGAUGAGAAUAAAAUACAAAUAGUGAAAAUGUGUAAUGCUGUGUAUUAGGAACUAGCCAGAAUUACUCACAGCCACGUUGUAACCUUUGAGUCCCUGAAGAGCUGGUUGUUUAUGUACAGCUUAUCCAAUACUAAACGCACAUUCUGGUUCUCUGCUCUAUGUUUUUUGAAAAUGGGAUGAAGGAUGCGUCGUCUCUAUUAUUUAAUGGGGGAGUUGUUUGUUGAUAGAGAAUGGUGUGCCCUUCAGCUCCCUACCCCUUUCCAACACGGCCACCUUCAUCUUGUAAUGUGAGAGUCUAGCAACAAUGGGUCGGGGUUUCUAGGGAACCCUUUAGCCAAAACGAUGCGCCCUUUGGAAAUAAAUCUUAUCCACCUGUUCGUUGGUCAUUUUAAGAUUGUUUAAUAAAAUCCUUCACCUUUUCUUCGAUUGCCAGAGUCUUCAUUUCCAUUCUCCUUCACUCCCGUUAUGACAAUAUUAUUUAUCAUGCUUCUGCAUUUUAGGUCAAGUAGCUCCGCUUUCAUUUUAGUGUUAUCACUCAGGGGUUUCUCCGUCGUUGAUUUUAGGGAGUCUGCUGUCGCUUUCAGCCCUUAUUUCCUCCAUUAAUUUGUUGCUGUAAUCCAUUCCUACCUUGAGGGCCUCAAUGUCCUCCAUUAGUCCGGGCAAUAGAUCAAGCUUUUGAGGCUGUAUGUACAUGGUUGCCAGCAAUGCACUGUCCUUUUUGGACAUUGUUGUACCUGCAUCCUCUUCCAUUGUUUUGUUUGAUUGUUUGGAAGGAUAUUUCUCCUCCUCUGUUUCGCUGGACGAAAUAAUCCCUCUUGUUCGCUUUGAUUUAUUUGACUGCUUUUCAAGCAUAUCAAAAUGAUGAUCUAUAAAAAGUUCAACAUUUUCUAUGUUAUCCAGAGUGUUAUUAGCUAUAGCCCAAUUUCUUCUAUUUUAAGAUACAUUCAUGGGACGAAUUGUGCCUACUACGCUGCCACCUGCCACGUAAUCUCCCCUCAGGGAGGUGGUUCUUACUCUCUGCUCUUCCCGGAGACGGUGGGACCUGAAGUCAACGGUCUGUCACCUAGCUUGCUUCUUGCUCUAGUCUCAUGGUAGGCUAUGGUUGGGACCAGAGUGCAGAGUGCUAGUCAGCCAGUGGCAGGUAUCAAAUCCAGGCAGCGUUGGAACAAGGCAAGCUACAUAAACACAAGCUUCCUUUUUCCUAAGCAUGCACUCCCAAGGUCCUAACGUUGUGGAAUGUGAUUUCUGUUGUUACUCCUGUUGCAACUGACCCCCUCAAUAACAAGGACUUUUCUUGGGAUUGUUUUACUGCUUGCCUGUCACAUACUGUAUGAUGCUGAGUGACCAAAACCAGGCUGGUCUGUGGCUGAUCAUGGUCAGUGGUGCAGUUGCAUGUACUGUCUUUGUCCCAUUCUCAUCUUAUCCUUCAAUGUCUGACCUAGUGUGCUACUAGAUGCGCUAGCCUGGGGAACCAGGACAGCCCUGACUGACAAAUGGUGGAUUCAGGGAGGGUAUCUGAUCCUAGAUCUGUGCUUAAAGGAAAAAUCCACUGAAAAAGUAGUGUCACUAAUAGAUAAUUUGAUGCAAAAACGCAUCAUCAUGAGGAUGUGGCAAAUUACACUUUGCUUCUUGAAAGUCCAAUAUCUUGAGAACUUUUGGGACUGUAUCAACAUUGGACUAAAGAAAGAAAUGCCUAAAUAUAUUUUUUGUGGAUUUUUCUAUUAAUGGGAACUCCUGCAUCAACCAGCACCUUAACCUAGUUCAGUGUGCUGACUCAGGCCUAGUGAAUCUAGAUGGUGAGCGUCUUUACUCUUGAUGACAGGAGGUGAAUUAAGAUUCUAGAAGGCUCCACCACCUGCAACUCUGCUGAUGCUGCGAUCUUUCCGUUGCCAUACCAACAUCGUUGCUGUUGACACCAUCUUGGGAAUGCUGCAGUCCUCUCCACAUUGCAUCUCUUGUUUCUGGCGUCCCACUACCACCUCACAAUAUCAACAUCUAUUCAGGCUCCUUAAUAGAUGAUAACUAUAGUUCAUGUUUGUUCCUCAUGUCAGCUAUGUUCCUUGAGGGCCCCUUACAAUUAAAAACACACACACACACAUACACUCUAGACAAAGACUUAAUUAACCAGCAGUGUCAAAGAGCUUACCUGCAGGUAGGCAAGGGCUGUCCCCGACCAAAAUAAAUAUUGGUAGAUCGAGUCGUUUGUUCUUUCCACCAAUCGAUUGGUCGAAAUUUUCAAAUGUGUAUUUAUUCACCCUAUGUUUGAAUAAAAUCAACUAUAUGUAGGCUACUUUGCCUGAUGCUUUAAGCACUGAAAUUACAAAUUAAGACACACAAAACUACUAAAGAGGGAGCCAGAGAUCAAUAUAGCCGAACCAGAAGAAAAAAACCUGUUCCCGACCCCCCCCCCCCCCCCCCCCCCCCCCCCCUCCUCCCGCUGCCCGCUGCUGCCGGCCUCCACAGAUUCUGCCAUUACGCUCCUGAAGUUGCCGGUAAUAGGCUACACCAGCGGUCGACAACCUUUUCCAUUUGGAGUGCCAAGUUAUCGUACCAUUUCUACUGAUCUGCGUGCCAGUUAUGAUUUUCAUAUGCACAUUUUCUUGGAACAGUUUCAUUUCAUUUUUAAAAAAGUCUUCAAAGUCUCUAAAUUAAUGUCAUAUGAUUAAUCAAAAUUCUAUCCAAAUGCAAAUCUAAAAGUAACUUCUAUUGCCAUUGCCAAUAUGUAAAAAUAGCCUACAUAAAGCCAACAAAUAAAAACGAUUAACUUGGGUCCAGCCUGAAGCUGGUGCUAGCCAACUUGCAACAUUGUAUAAAAUAUUUUGGGCCCUCGAGUUCCCUGGGCCUGUGAGCUCCGGACAGACAGAUACAGCUGUAGGCUAUUUGUGCAAAGGAAAAUAAGUAAUCAGGUAGGCCUUUUUUAUGACAUUUCCACCUGAUCAGAGCAAGAAAUGUUUUCUCCUUUCAUGCUGAGUGGUUAUCGAAAGGGAGAGAGCUGGAAAUAUUUUUCAAAUGGGCUACGUUGAGGAACUAUUGUCAUUCUCAACAGACUUAUUUUACUUGCUUUUUGAGGCGAUAACAUUUAUUUUGAGAAGCUCCACAGUGAUGGUGAGUUAAGACAUCCAAAUAGGCACAUUUAUAAGCCUACAUUUGCGUGCAGGCAAGGUAGCCUAGGCCUAUGCGUAAUCAAGUGUGUGUCCUUACUCAAGAUUGACAGGAGCCUCCAAACAAAAUACAAUAAAUUGACAACUUGUAAAUGGAAUGAAAUAAACCAAAACUUUUCCCUCAAGUGUAGCCUAGGUUGUACGCUCUGCAAACAACAUGUCCACUCCUACAAUGACAACGGUAAGACUGUAAUAAUAAUAAUAAUAAUAAUAAUAAUAAUGCAUUAACAAAAAUUACCAUAACCAAACAAACAAUAGGAAUGAUGGUAAUUAACGGUAAAUGUAGUACUGGUGGUAAUGGUGUGCCUCCGCAAAGGAUUAGUCCACUCAGACAGGUGUGAAAGACAGGUGUCUUGUGUUACAUUUUUUUAAUGUAUACAUUUGCCACUACUCUACUAAAAAAAAUCUCGGUCAACCAACAGCCUAUUGACCAAACAGUCGACCAGUCGACUAAAUAAGGUCAGCCCUAAGGUAGGCUAAAACAAAAGGAGCACCUUGUGAGCGCAAACCAGACUCCAUGAAUUCCACAGGGUGUUGGGUCAUACACAUUAACAGCAUCUACUGAAAAAUUAUUGUUUGUUCACUGCUGCUAAAUGAAAUUAAAGGGUAACAUACAGUGCCUUCGGAAAGUGUUCAGACCCCUUGACUUUUUUCACAUUUUGUUACGUUACAGCCUUAUUCUAAAAUAGAUUUUUUAAAUGUGCACAAUACCCCAUAAUGAUAAAGCAAAAACAGGUUUUUAGAAAUUUUUGCAAAUGUAUUUAUAAAAAAACACAACAGAAAUACCUUAUUUACAUAAGUAUUCAGACCCUUUGCUAUGAGACUCGAAAUUGAGCUCAGUUGCAUCCUGUUUCCAUUGAUCAUCCUUGAGAUGUUUCUACAACUUGAUUGGAGUCCACAUGUGGUAAAUUCAAUUUAUUGGACAUGAUUUGGAAAGGCACACACCUGUCUAUAUAAGGUCCCACAGUUGACAUUGCAUGUCAGAGCAAAAACCAAGCCAUGAGGUCGAAGGAAUUGUCCGUAGAGCUCCGAGACUGGAUUGUGUCGAGGCACAGAUCUGGGGAAGGGUACCAAAACAUUUCUGCAGCAUUGAAGGUCCCCAAGAACACAGUGGCCUCCCAUCAUUCUUAAAUGGAAGACGUUUGGAACCAUCAAGACUCUUCCUAGAACUGGCCGCCCGGCCAAACUGAGCAAUCGGGGGAGAAGGGCCUUGGUCAGGAAGGUAACCAAAGAUGAACGUAGCAAAGUACAGAGAGAUCCUUGAUGAAAACCUGCUCCAGAGCGCUCAGGACCUCAGACUGGGGUGAAGGUUCACCUUCAAACAGGACAACGACCCUAAGCACACAGCCAAGAAAACGCAGGAGUGGCUUCGGGACAAGUCUGAAUGUCCUUGAGUGGCCCAGCCAGAGCCUGGACUUGAACCUGAUCGAACAUCUCUGGAGAGACAAGAAAAUAGCUGUGCAGCAACGCUCCCCAUCCAACUUGACAGAGCUUAAGAGGAUUUGCAGAGAAGAAUGGGAGAAUCCCCAAAUACAGGGGUGCCAAGCUUAUAGCGUCAUACCCAAGAAGACCCGAGGCUCUAAUCGCUGCCAAAGGUGCUUCAACAAAGGACUGAGUAAAGGGUCUGAAUACUUAUGGAAAUAUUUCAGUGUUUUAUUUUGUAUAAUUUAGCAAAUAUUUCUAAAAACCUGUUUUUGCUUUGUCAUUAUGGGGUAUUGUGUGUAGAUUUGAUGAGGGGGAAAAAAACCAUUUAAUCAAUUUUAGAAAAAGGCUGUAACCUAACAAAAUGUGGAAAAAGUCAAGGGGUCUGAAUACUUUCCGAAGGCACUGUAUGUGUCCGUCUAACACAUGUAUUGCAUACAAAAUGGUAACCAUGAAUAUUGGGAGAAAGGAUUUAGCAGAUACGCCCAAGUUUGUGUGCUUAUUUAUCAUAAACUGCUACACUACAUGCUGCAGAAAUAACUAGGGCCUUGUUUUUUAAUGAGUAUCAUCAAUCUAGGGAAUGGAUGGUUGUGUUUUUCUUUUCACAGGCCAUUUACCAGCAGAAUGGCAGAAACUUCUGUUUUAUUAGUUUGCGGCAUCCAUCUUUUCCCACGUGCGCGAGACAAAAAGCAGAGCCAGACGGCCAGCUACAAUGAAACUUCCUCCGUUUGUAUCAUGGAACAAAAAGAGUGGGAAUAACAAUGAUCCCAGAAUGCUUUGCGUUUAACUUCGUUGGAAAGAUGUGUAUUUUGUGGCCGCCGGGGCCAAAGCCGAGUCAAAGAAACAGUAGGGAACUGGAAGGAAUGAGAACUCAAUCCAUCACAUCCUGUAAAUUGGGUCUAUCUUUAUAGCUCUCACUCUGUUUCCACCUCCAUCUCUGACACACACUUUCUAGAACUAUCUCCGUCUGACGUACUCUCUCGCACACAUUCUAUCUCUAUUACACUCUCUCUCUCUCUCUCACCUAAUGUUGCUGAGCUCCCCCCUUCUUAUAUGAUCAACACUCCUCAUUCACUCAGGACACAAACAUGAGCGCAUACAUGCACUUGGACACACACACUGUUGGCCCAGUUCUGAGUGCCUUGCCUGUCAGUGAUUCAGUAGAAUGCUCCGGCUCAGAGCAGUGUUUAUGCUUUUUUAAUCAUAACUGAAAUGGGCAGUGGCAUUACACAGUGCUUCACAGAGGAGGCGACCCGCGAAGCACACUAAUCCUUAUGGCUUGUUGGGAGAGGAGUAGACGUGUGUGUGAGAGAGAGAGAGAGCAUUUGGCCUGACGACUCAUCCUGAAUUUAAUUCCGCUGCUCUAUUGAUCGCUCCAUAAAUUGUCUAAAACUACCAUCCUAGAAGUCAUUUGUGCUGACUUUAAAAUGAGGGGCAUUGUGCAAAACAAAUUAUUCAGCGAUUGGAUCGUUUCUAACCGAUCAGAAUAUCAGAGUUGAUAUCAUCGUCAUGUAGGCCAACUGUCGGUUUCUGGGACCAAUCCGAAUGUGUUCCCAUUCUAGAAAACAUCAGGGAGGAAAGCAAAUCCAGACUCAUCAUGGAGAAGAAACGCUAGUUUGGCCUGGUUUAGACUUUGAGUGCACUUCAACUGCAAAUAAAGUUUUAAAAAAUGUGACUCCCUCCUUCCUCCCUCUGCCCCCCUCUAUACUCCCUCGCUACCUGCAUCCUUCAUCUACCAUCCUUCUUUCCCCCUCCUUCCUUUCUCUCUCUCCUCCUUUACUCCAGGUGCCUUCUGAUGACUCGGUGGGUCUGCUGGCAGAGCCCCAGGUAGCCAUGUUCUGUGGGAAAUUCAACAUGCAUGUCAACGUCCAGAGUGGCAAGUGGGAGUCGGAUCCCUUCGGCACCAAGAGCUGCAUCGGAACCAAGGAGGGCAUCCUGCAGUACUGCCAGGAGGUAGGAGGAGAGGGGGGAUGAGAGGAAGGGAUAGGUGGAAGAGGCAUCAGGUGAGUGAGGGAGGGUGGGAGUAGAGGGAGGGAGAGGUGGAGGAGAGGGAGGGAGAGUGAGGGAGGGAGAGAGGUAGGUGGGAUGGAGAGGUGGGAGGGAGAGUGGAAGGAGAGGUAGGAGGGAGGUGUAGGUGGGGGAGGGAGGGGGAAGUGAGAAGAGAGGGAGAGGUGGGAGGGAUAGGUGGUGGGAGGGAGAAAAUAAUGAGUGGUAGGAGAUAGGGGGGAAAGGAGUGUGGAAGAGGGUGGUUGAGUGGGAAGAUAGAGGGGUGGAAACAGAAUGAGAUUAGGGAGAGAAAAAGGAACAAGGGAAGUGAUAGGAAAGGGGGAGGUCUGAGGUAAAUGUCUGCAAUAUGAAACCCAUAGAAAACAACUGUGUGAAGUACAUUCAUUGAAUUCUGCUCCUUCCCCCAGGUGUACCCUGAGCUCCAGAUCACUAACGUGGUGGAGGCCAACCAGCCAGUCAGCAUUCAGAACUGGUGCAAGAAGGGACGCAAGGAGUGUAGUAGUCACACACACAUCGUGGUGCCCUACCGCUGCCUGGGUAAGCUCUGUGUGUGGAUAGGAUAGGACAACGUUUAAUGUCCUUGAGGGGAAAAUUGGCUUAGACACACAGUACCGCUGUAUACAAAAUAGUCACACUCAACAUAAUACAUACAUUGCACGUUACCUCUGUCAUACACAUUGUACACUUCUCGUAUAGCCACAUACAUGAUACAUAUUGCACAUUUUCCUUACAUAUUCUGUCAGUGGCACUAACACAGCAUGCGUGCUUGUGUGUGUGAGACUCAUUAAUCUGUGUGUUUUGCAGUUGGGGAGUUUGUGAGUGAUGCCCUGCUGGUUCCUGAUAAGUGCAAGUUCCUGCACCAGGAGAGAAUGGACAUGUGUGAGAGCCACCUGCACUGGCACACCGUGGCUAAAGAG